UGAAGACUUAGAUGGCUUGUCCUCUGCUAUCCCCAACCAAGACUUGUCCCUGGAUGCCUGCCCUCACCCCUAGCCUGUGCCAGCCAGUGCCCAGGGUCCUUCAUCCACAGCAGACCAGACGGGUCCAGUUCACCAGCUGAGCUGAUUGUAUGGGGCCAGCCUAGUGGGAGUGAGCUCAGAGGAAACCUGGCCCACCUCUCUCUCCGGGGCAACCAUUGACGAAGUAGAAACGGAUGUGGUGGAGAUUGAAGCCAAACUGGACAAGCUGGUCAAGCUAUGCAGUGGCAUGAUCGAGGCCGGCAAGGCCUAUGUCACCACCAACAGGCUGUUCGUGAGUGGUGUCCGCGACUUGUCCCAGCAGUGCCAAGGCGACACCGUCAUCUCGGAAUGUCUGCAGAGGUUUGGAGACAGCCUGCAGGAGAUGGUCAACUAUCACACGAUCCUGUUUGACCAGGCCCAAAGGUCUGUGCGGCAGCAGCUCCACAACUUUGUCAAAGAGGAUGUGCGCAAAUUUAAGGAGACAAAGAAGCAGUUUGACAAAGUGCGGGAGGACAUGGAACUCUCCUUAGUGAGGAAUGCCCAGGCACCACGGCACCGGCCCCAUGAAGUAGAGGAGGCCACGGGUGCCCUCACCCUCACCAGGAAGUGCUUUCGCCACCUGGCUCUGGACUACGUGUUGCAGAUCAAUGUCCUCCAAGCCAAGAAGAAGUUUGAGAUCUUGGAUUCUAUGCUGUCCUUCAUGCAUGCCCAGUACAGCUUCUUCCAGCAGGGCCACAGCCUCCUGCACCGGCUAGACCCCUACAUGAAGAAGCUGGCGGCUGAGCUGGACCAACUGGUUAUCGACUCUGCAGUGGAAAAGCGUGAGAUGGAGCGCAAGCACGCUGCUAUCCAGCAGCGGACACUGCUGCAGGACUUCUCCUAUGACGAGUCAAAAGUCGAGUUCGAUGUGGACGCACCCAGUGGUGUGGUGAUGGAGGGCUACCUCUUCAAGAGAGCCAGCAAUGCCUUUAAGACAUGGAACCGGCGCUGGUUCUCCAUUCAGAACAGCCAGCUGGUUUACCAGAAGAAGCUCAAGGAUGCACUGACUGUGGUGGUGGAUGACCUUCGCCUGUGCUCUGUGAAGCCCUGCGAGGACAUUGAACGGAGGUUCUGCUUUGAGGUCGUGUCGCCCACCAAGAGCUGCAUGCUGCAGGCUGACUCCGAAAAGCUGAGACAGGCCUGGGUUCAAGCCGUGCAGGCUAGCAUUGCCUCUGCCUACCGGGAGAGUCCAGACAGCUGCUAUAGUGAGAGGCUGGACCGCACAGCAUCCCCAUCUACAAGCAGCAUUGACUCUGCCUCAGACUCUCGGGAGCGCGGAGGCAAGGGCGAGGGCGUGCUUCAGCGCAUUCAGAGUGUGGCUGGCAACAGCCAGUGUGGUGACUGUGGCCAGCCAGAUCCUCGCUGGGCCAGCAUCAACCUGGGCGUGCUGCUCUGCAUCGAGUGUUCAGGCAUCCACAGGAGCCUGGGUGUGCACUGCUCCAAGGUGCGGUCCCUGACACUGGAUUCCUGGGAGCCAGAGCUGCUAAAGCUGAUGUGUGAGCUUGGAAACAGCACCAUGAACCAGAUCUAUGAGGCCCAGUGUGAGGGCUCAGGCAGCAGGAAGCCCAUAGCCAGUAGCCCCAGACAGGACAAGGAAGCCUGGAUCAAGGACAAAUAUGUGGAAAAGAAGUUUCUGCAGAAGUCACCCACUGUGCCGGCCCGGGAGGCCCCAAGACGCUGGCGGGCACAGAAGUGCCAGCGCCCCCAUAGCUCCCCCCGUGUCCCCACUGCCCACCGCAAAGUCAGGCUUGAGCCUGUCCUGCCGUCCGUUGCUGCUUUGUCCUCAGCAGGCACUUUGGAGCGCAAGUUCCGCCGGGAUUCCCUCUUCUGCCCGGAUGAGCUGGACUCCCUCUUCUCCUACUUCGAUGCUGGGGCUGCUGGGGCUGGUCCACGCAGUCUGAGCAGCGACAGUGGCCUGGGAGGCAGCUCUGAUGGCAGCUCAGACGUCCUCGCCUUUGGCGCAGGCUCCGUGGUGGACAGUGUCACUGAGGAGGAGGGCGCAGAAUCUGAGGAUUCUAGUGGUGAGGUGGAUGGAGAGACCGAGACCGAAGCUUGGGGGCUGGCAGAUGUGCGUGAACUGCACCCCGGGCUACUGGCACAUAGAGCUGCGCGCACCCGUGAUCUCCCCGCGCUGGCCGCGGCGCUGGCCCAUGGGGCGGAGGUCAACUGGGCCAAUGCUGAGGAUGAGGGCAAGACGCCGCUGGUGCAGGCUGUACUAGGGGGCUCCCUGAUUGUAUGUGAAUUCCUUCUGCAAAACGGAGCGGAUGUGAACCAAAGAGACAGCCGGGGCCGAGCACCCCUGCACCAUGCCACGCUUCUGGGCCACACUGGCCAGGUCUGCCUGUUCCUGAAGCGAGGGGCAGACCAGCACGCCCUGGACCAGGAGCAGCAGGACCCAUUGACCAUCGCGGUGCAGGUGGCCAAUGCUGACAUCGUCACGCUGCUCCGCCUGGCCCGGAUGGCUGAGGAAAUGCGUGAGGCUGAGGCGCCCCCAGGCCAGCCGGGCCCACUAUCGGGCAGCAGCCCCACGGAACUGCAGUAUCGCAGGUGCAUCCAGGAGUUCAUCGGCCUCCACCUGGAGGACAGCUAGGGCCGGACAGGCCGGGCAGCCGUGGGACCCCACCCUGGCCUCCCGCCCGCCCGGCCAUCCUGCAUGCCCCUGAUGACCCUAGCCUCUCACCUAGCCAGGGCCCUGCCUGUGAUUGACCAUGGGCCUAUCCAGACAGCCCCAGUGCCGGGCAUUCCUGGAGCCCCCACUUGUCUGCUCUUCCUUCUUUCCAGCUACUGGGACACCAGGACUGGGAGAGAGACCCCAGCACUGAGUCAUUUGAAGCCCCACAUUUUGGAGGGUGCUGCAUUAUCUGGUGUCCCUCACCCCAUCUGGGAACCUUUGUCUUCAGGUGGCCCCUUCUUCAGAACCCUGGGUUGCUCAGUCACAAACCACUUGAGGCCCAUAUCACCUUGUGCCCCUCUGCCCUCAGGGCCUGUGUCACCUCGUGCCCCCACGUUUACUGUCCCAGAACACUGACCUGCUAGCUGGGUCCCUCCUACACAGCCCCAGAGCCCCUCCUCUAGCCUGGGGCUGGUGGCCGGCCACCAGCACCUUCCUGGCAGGAGUGGCAGCCCAUCCAGGGAACCAACCCAAGUACCUCGCUUAGUGACCCCAGCUUCCAGGCUGGCUUGGAGGGUGCUGGGGGAUGGAGCUCUGGCCUGGGCCCUCCACUCUAGCUGGACGCAGGCGUCCCAAGGCCAUGUGGCUGGCCACGCAGGUCCCUGUGCCUGAUAGUCCCAGACCCACCCCUGCCUCCUCCAGAGGGGCCAUCUCUGGUACUUGGCCCAGAGCUGGUGCAUAAAGGAACUGGCACUUUCCACCCCACACCCAAUGUUUUGUUACCAACUAAGCAGAUUUUCUACAACGACCUUGUUCUGAUUUUGUCUGCUUCUUUUCUCUGUGGACUUUUGAGGACCACCAUGACUCUGUCUCUGCCUGCUGGAGGAGGGUGGUUGUGCACAAUUCUGCCCUGCCCCCUUGGUGGCCUCUUCCUUUGGGCUGGGUCCUCUGAUGGGUCCAGGGGUUCCUCAUUUGGGGGCCCACCAAUGCCUUCAAAGUCCCCUCUUUUGAAGGAGUCCCAGGACAGAGGCUGGGCCCCUCUGCAACUAUGGGCCCUUGCAAAGCCAAGGCCAGUCAGUUGGUCACUAUGCAAACACUGCCCUGGAAGGCUCCCUGGGCAGGAAGGUGGGCACUGGUCCAGGGCCCCUGUCUCCCUUGUCUGCUGGCUGUAACUCUAAAGAGCAGAAUUAGCUACUUCUUCCCUGCUUGAGACUGCCCACUGCCCACCCUGCCAUCCUUGGGCUGGUGGGACCCCACCCCCUCC